AUGAAGCUGGUAACUGUGUUUUUGCUGGUGACCCUCAGCAUCUGCAGUUACUCUGCCACCGCUUUCCUUGCCAACAGUUUGCCACAAGCUGUCAACAAUGCCUUACCUUUACCUGUGGAUGACCUUCUCCCCUUUUUGGAUCCGUUAAAGCUUCUUCUGAAAACUCUGGGCAUUUCUGUUGAGCACCUUGUAGAAGGGCUAAAAAAGUGUGUGAAUGAGCUGGGACCAGAGGCCUCUGAGGCAGUGAAGAAACUUCUGGAGGCCCUGUCGCAUUUGGUGUGA